CACACUUUGACCAGGCUGCUGUGUCCCAUCUAGAGACUCGCCCUUGCAGUCUGCCCUCGGCACGCACAUAAGCAGUCGCUGCAGCUUGGUCUGUGAUGGACGCGCUCAGACCCCUGGUCUCUCCAAUCCACCGGCCUAACUGCGCGGCCGCCUGAGCAAGUCACAAGUCACAAGUCGCAAGUCAACCAGACACCUUGGCGCAGCAGCCAAUCACGAGACCACCACGAGACCACACCCUGCUCAUCCUUGGUCAUGGAAGGCUCGGCCCGCCAAACACCGCUCUCGCCAGCCGAGCAGCAACAACUAAAUCCCACGGCCUUCGCAGAGGGAGCUGCGUCAUCUCAGCCCCUUGGAUCACCGUCUGAUGUCCUGCCCUCCAUGCCGCCGCCUCCCUCCAUGUCAGGGCAUGUCAUGACCUGGCAGACGCAGCCACCGAGCAACGGUGCGCAGCCGCCUGUGGUGAUCACGCCGGGCAGCAACGGUGGCGAUGAGGGGCUCUCCUCCGCCGAGAUAAUGAGGAGGGCCUUGUCCGCCAGCUUCCAGGCCGAGGCCAUGGCGGAGACUAUGACCGAGACGAUGACCGAGUCUCUGGUCAGUAAUCCACCCGCCACCAUCGCGCCCUCAGACCUGAUGGCGCCUACCACGGCCGAGAUCCCCAUCCUCGAUGCGGCCUCGGUGCUUCCAAUCAUCAGUAGCUCUUUGGAGUACUCGCCUUUACCCGAGGAGCAGCCGGGCACCGCGAGGGUGACCGAGCACGUCGUCACCCUGCCGCUGGCAGCUAACAUGCGGCAAAAAUACCGGAAGGUUGUCGUCGCAGGCAAACCAGCAGUGGUGGAGUUCAACAAUGUCUUCCGAAGCUGCUCCGCAAUACCCGAAGACACUCUAGUAGCAAAGAUUGACCAAGUGCUCUCGCAGCUUCUGGACAUCUGCGACCUGCCUGCCUUCGACGACAACUCCGCUGGUGUGUCGCGCGAAGUCAUGAUGAAGCACGCCCUAGAUAGCUGCACCAAGAUGGUCUUUGUAUACGAGCUCCUCCAUGCGCUCCGAGAUGAAGAGCUGCAGGCCCUCAUCCUCGUGCGCCGCGGCCGGGCGUGUGACUUCCUUGAAGCCAUUCUGGAUGCUAAGAACUUUAGGUAUCACCGGUUGGAAGAUGCACCGAAGCCCGAUAAUGCCGCGUCCGACAGGCUCAGGGUGAUCCUGGCGACUACAGAUCAAGACCCGGCUCUCUAUCCAGCAGGUGUCAAAGUCAUCGUCAACUACGACGAGUCUGCCAGGGGCCUUUCCGUAGCCAGGGGCGUCGUGCCAGCAGACACCCGACCCACAGUCCUGACGCUGGCGGCAAGCUAUACCGUCGAUCACCUCAACAUGAUCAUCCCGACAACACUAGAGGCUCAGGAGCGAAAGAAUGCGCUUCUGAUUGCCGUUUCCAAGGCCUGGGAGCUCGUGCUGAACCCACCACAUCUGGGUGACCGCGGCCGGCCCGAUCUAAUUGCCACCGAGUUCGCGAAUCUGAUCAAAAAUCCCAACUACGAGUGGGAAUGGGAGCCGUACACGCUCCCCGAGACUGUGUUCGAAGUCUACUCCAGCUCAGAGAAUACAGGUGACCUGGAGCCACCACGAGCACCGUCUCGCUCUGCCAGCAAGAAGCGGCAGCUGGAUGAUGCCGAUGAUGAGAGGGACGACAAUAAGCGCGUGAAGGCCUAUCCGCCAUCGAAUCUCGAGUCGUCUCGCACGCAGCCGCAGCUCAGCUCGGCUGCCGAGGCGCUCCUGGCCCAACUGCCGAAAUCCAGCGCACCCAAGUUUGCGGUACCGGUAGACCAUCUCGAUGCGAUGGCAAUCAGGAUAUCGGAUCUGGAGAAGCAGCUGGCCGAGAAGGAUGAGCUCGCCCAGGCCCUAAAGAAGCAACUUACCAGCGUAGGGGAGCAGAGGGACUCGGUAAACAAGUCACUGCGAGGCAUGUACAACAGGUUCAACGCUGCACUCCAGGACAGGGCCGCGUUUGAAAAGGAGCGAGAUAGCGCGGUCUCCAAAGAUGGCAAGCUGAAAGGCGAGAUAUCGGCAGCGAAAGCGGCACAAGCGUCAUUGAAGAAGGAAAACACAGCGCUGCAGCAGCGGCUCGCCGACUGGGCGGCGGCGGCGGCGGGCGAGGCCGGCCCCGAAUCCCGCGUCGGCAAGAUGGCGCAGCAGCAGCUCCAGUCGGAGGCGCGGCAGGAUGAGCUGGAGAAGCGGCUCGAGGUGCAGGGCGCGGACCUCGAAUACGCGCAAGAGGCGUACCAGACGGCCAGCAAGCACGCCAUCGAGGUCGACAAGGAAAACAAGCGCCUGUCGGUGCAGGCGAUCGAGCUCGAGCGCAAGGCGUCGGACAACGCCGUCGAGAUUCACCGCAUCCAGGCCGCGGGCGCCCACGCCGAGCAGGAGCGCCGCCGCCGCGAGCUGGCCGCGCUCCUGGCCGACCGCGAGCGCGAGCUCGAGCGCGCAAAGGACGAGCUCCGCUCCCUGCGCGCCGGCCGCCGCGAGACGCGCGCCCAGAGCACCGCCCCGCACAGCCCCCGCCUCGCCGUCAUGAGCCCCCGCGGCAACGGCGUCGCCGUCCGCUCCGCCGCCGCCGCCGCCGCUUCCACCCCGCUCACCUCCAAUAGCCGCGGCACUAGCCCUGCCACCGGCGCCGGGGGGGCCGUCAGCGGCUACGAGGCCUCGGGCCUGGGCCCUGGCCCUGGCGUGCGCACCGUCCUGUCCCGGAAUGGCCGGUUGCCGCACCUGAUGGAUUGACGUGGUGUGAUGGCGUCUUAUAUAAUUUGGCUUCCUGUUUCAAUUUUCUUUUCCACCCACAAAUCCUUUGUUUCUUCUUUUUUUUUUCUCGUCCUUUUAGGCUUAUCUGUCUGUUUUUUCUAUUUUUUUCUCACCCCUCUGCCUCGCGGGCAUGGAUACCGGCGUUUUUGGGGGCCAUGAUAGACAUGCAGGUUGCGAUUACAUUACUGGUGGUUUUGCAGAGCAAGACAAAAACUGCAGGCAAACAAUAACCCUUUUUUUCUCGUCUUCCAAGUGUGUUGUUUAAGCAAACUCCCCCAUCCGUCCAUCUAGGUAGGAACUUGCCAUCCAUGAGUCCAAGUUUCGGCCAGAUAAAAGAGCAGCCCUCCACCCGAGACGCCUCUCAUAUAGCUUUUUGUUUUACAUCAUCCUGGGUAUCGUAUCCCCCUAAACUCCCCAUCUAACAAAUCGAGCAACACAUGGGUGAUACACUCUCUAUGAGGUAAAUGGGCAGGGGCGGCGAA